ACAUGGAAGUCGACCUGCAUGUUUCUAUUAGCUCGGUUGAUUACAUAAUCAGCCUCAAAUCAAUCGACUUCCACCACCAACACCACCACGUAUGAUGCACCAAAGACGAAUUGAAACACAUCAAGUCCUUUCGCCAUGUCCCUCCUGCGGCCCUCCAUCGUUGGGAGGUUAUUGAAGGCGGCGGGCCCUGUUGCCCACCGACCUGCCACCACGUUCGCCAGAUAUAGCACCCAGACUGCAAUUGGGACGCCUAUUACGGAAUCCGAAUCGAAGCCGACCCAGUCCAGCAACGCGCCUGUGGAGAGAACGGAUACGAAAAUAAGGCACAAUAACCCGGAUUGGAAUGUGGAGGUUGACCAGGCUACAUCGACUUAUUCCCCCGUCCCGAAACGAGUUAUGGAUGGCAGUGAAGAAGGAGAGGUUUUACCAGCGGCAGUCCUCAGUGGUGCGCCAAUUGAGCUACAAGCAAGAACCGUCCGCAUCUAUCGCCCAACCAAGACAGCUACACAGUCGGGAGAUUGGCACCAACACCACUGGAGAAUGGAUUGGGAUAUCUUGCCAAAGGGCCACAGAUGGGAGAACCCAUUGAUGGGAUGGCAAUCCUCGGGCGAUUUUAUGCAGGGGACCAAUGUGACCUUCAAAUCGAGGGAAGAUGCUGUCGCUUUUGCGGAGAAACAGGGCUAUGAAUACUUUGUUCAAGAGCCAACGGAGAGGAAGAGGUUACCAAAGGCAUAUGCCAACAACUUUUUGUACACGGACAAAAAGCUAAAGCAUAUCCGAACAAAGUAGAUAUGUGAUUUUUAGCAUACCAGGCCAAGGUCGUAAAUAUAUUCUCAUAG